GCGUGGGAGCGGACCGCCCAGAGGCUGAGGCUGUGAUUGGGGUUCGUAGUCCUUUUAUUGAAGCGUAACGUGUGGCUCCUGUUGACAGCUGUGUGACUGUGCGUGUGACAACGGAGGAGCACCGCUGGUCGCGAUGACCUGAAGUGAAAGGGAAGAGCUGCGAAGAAGAUGACAUUUCCUAGCACGGUUUUUGGUCUUCUCCUGCUGUUCCAGGUGUAUCAAGCUGCUAGAAUUGUACCUCAGCCCGAGAACGUGAGGGUGGAGGCGCUGAACACCCAGUAUACUCUGAAGUGGGACUGGGCGCCGGACCUGUGGAAGCCUACUGUCUUCUUCACUGCCGAGUACAUCCCGGGCUUUGAUAAAGACUAUGGACCAGGAGAGUGGAAGCUGGUGUGCGCCAACACAACAAACACCCAGUGUGACUUUUCCAAGUAUUUUGACUAUUUUGGAAUCUACCAUCUGCGAGUGAAGGCUGUGGACAACGGGUCAGCAUCGGCGUGGGUGGAGAGGGAGUUUUGUGCAGAGAAAGAAGGAGAACUGAGCCCUCCCACCAUUACUGAAGUGAAGUCCACUGAAGGGAUGCUGGAAGUGCACCUUGAGGAGCCAAAGGACAACAAGAACCGCUCCAUGCGAGACAAAGUGCAGAUGAAGGUUCUGAUUCUCUACUGGCAAAGUGCUUCAAAUAAAGUGCUCAACAUCACAGAUAACAGCAUCUCCGUGGUGACACUUAAAGAUCUUACACCUUGGAAAAGAUAUUGCAUGAAGGCCAAAGUCUUUGAGGAAUUCUACAAGAAGGAAAGUCAGUUCAGCCAAGAUGUUUGUGCCACAACAACAAUUGGAGGUUCCAAUUUAUGGUGGUUUUCUCUGCUGCUGUUCAUUACGACUCUGACUUUGACCUUUGUUGUCAUUCUGCUUUGUUUCUUUUUGGGGCACAAAUCUUACAAAGUUGUGCGAUACACCUUCUUCCCAAAUUAUGAGCUUCCAGCCAACAUGCAAGAGUGCUUGUUUGACAACUCGCCGCCUCUCGCUUCGGUGCUGCUGUCCGCCGGCGAUGAAGCCGAGCUCUGCUGCGAUAAGGUGGCCGUCCUGCCCGAAGGCGUCCCCGACAUUUUGUGUUUUGCCGCGACAUCUCUGGAGACGGCUGCCAUCUCGCACUUGCGCCAGGGGAGCGAUGACUCGGGAGUCUACUCGGGCGAGGAGGGCUCUGGGAUCAAUGGAGGUGCAAGUAAACCAAAGGAGGUGGCGUGACAGUGGACACUGUGAAGACAAAAAAAAGAAAAUGGCCACAGUUCUCCUCCACUAAGGUGGACAGGCUGCAGCAGCUCGAACCGUGAAACGCAUUCUGCACUUGAAAUCAAAUUCUGAACGCUUGACUUCAGUUCCUGUGCCUAAGCUUUGCAGCCCACUUUUAUGUCUUAACGGGUUUCUACAACGUAGUCUCUACUUUUAUUUAUAAAGAUCACUCACAAGUCUGAUCGGAGAGGGCACUGGGAGACCCUGGCAGAAGAUGCCCAUUCUGUGUGGUCCCAACACCAAAUGUGGCCUUCCUUCCUGGAGUUCUUGUCUUAUACAGAAUGAACUGACGAGUUUGCGAUGCAAUUUUCUAUUUUUUUUAACCGAUAGCUGUGUAAAUAAAUAAACAAAUAAACAA